AGAUCAGCCAACAGCUCAUCUCAAAAUGGGUUCUUCAUUGAAUCCAGAUGACAUAAAGGAAGGCGAUGACGUUUACUUUGAAUGCGUCAUACAAUCAAAUCCAAAGCCAUACAAAAUGUCGUGGUUUCAUAACGGCAAGGAACUGCAUUCCAAUGUUUCAGCUGGCAUCAUCCUUUCGGAUCAAUCACUCGUCCUGCAGAGUGUCUCACGUGCAUCCGCUGGUGAUUACACGUGUUUGGCUGUGAAUUCGGAGGGAAAGGGCGCCAGUAAUCCAGUUUCGUUGCGUAUACGCU